AUGAGCAGGCCGGAGGAUGUAACGCUAAACCCGUUCGGCAUGGACAAUCAAGAGGAAAGCCAGGCCAGCAAAAUAUCAAUACGACUACCACCAUUUUGGCCAGACGAGCCCGAGCUAUGGUUCGCACAACUAGAGGGACAGUUUGCGCUGUGCAAAAUCAAUAGAGAUGUGGAGAAGUACGCCUACGCACUCUCAAAGUUGGAGCCAAAACAGGCCCGAGAGGUAAAGGACAUAAUUACCCAACCGCCAGAGACAGAGAAAUACGAGGCAUUAAAGAAGGCGCUGAUACAAAGACUCACCGACUCACAAGAUAACAGGAUGCGGCAACUAUUAGAACGAGAGGAAAUCGGAGAUAGGAAGCCAUCACAAUUCCUAAGAUACCUCAAGGCUCUAGCAGAAGCAACAGUGAGUAGCGAACUACUGCGCACACUAUGGCUAGGACGUCUACUACAUCCAAUGCAAGCCAUACUAGCAACACGGACGACGGACGAGCUAGACGAAGUAGCAGAGCAAGCAGACCGAAUCCACGAGCUAGGACAAAAAGCAGUAGUACUAGCCACGUCGACAGCACCGAGAGAAGAGAGAAGACGAGAGUCGCAAAAGGGAGAGACCGAACUCGAAGCGUUGAGAAAGGAAGUCGCCGCCUUAACCACCCAGGUUAGCAGGAUGGCAAGAUCCAUGAUGAAGCAGCGACAGCGGACUCGAAGCCGCUCAAGAAGCAGAACGAUAGAGCAAAAUGGGAUCUGCUAUUACCAUCGACGAUUUGGAAACGAAGCUAAAAAGUGCACACAACCAUGCACAUUUACAAAAAACGACGAGGGCAGUCAUUAG